AUGUAUGAAAGUGAAGAUGCACCAUAUAUGCAAAGUGAAGAUGCACCAUAUAUGCAAAGUGAAGAUGCACCAUAUAUGUAUGCGUUCACGCUUGCAAUCAAGCGUCAUUUGGAAAUCAUUAGUAAUAUAGAAUCUAAUGAGGAACACAGUGAAGCAGACAAGAUUCAUCAUCUCGAUCGAAAUAGUGAUCUUCAGCAAGUGAUAAAGUUCGGAAUUAAUAAAUAUUUGAAAUACUUUAUUGAAUAUGAAUUAAAUAGAAAGGAGCCACCUAAAGAUUCUGUACUUUUCAGUUAUGAAGAUUACUUUUUGGAUCCUGAUGUUGAUGCCAUAGAUUUCCCACCUAAGAUUUUCACUAAAGAUAUUAUUGAACAAAUCGAAAGUGGUAAUGGUAAUGGUAAUAUCAAUCAUGGUCCAUUACGUGAAGAUGAAUUAAGUAAGAUAUUUCAUAGUAUAUUGCUUCAAGUAUUAGAAUGUUAUCGUCAUUCAUUUGAUUGGUUUUAUGAGAAUGAUUAUGUUGAAGAUAAUACAUUAUUAACCUAUUACUGUGGUGAAUAUUUAGGGAGUGAAGAUUGCUAUGACACAUUCUCAGAUAUGAAGCCAUUAGCACAAAUAAGUGAUCCAUUGUUAACCAAAAUGAGAUCUAUUGGUCAUACUCUUCGAGGCGAUAUAAAAACGAAGGUUACACUUAAUGAGCUAUGUUUUAAUUUUACAAAUCUUGUCAAGAGUCAUAUAGAAUUGAUGAAUCAAAAGAAUGUUCCUAGUUUAACUACAAAAUUACGAGAACAAGGUAAUAAUCUUAUGGCCAAUCUGGCCUUUGCUCAAGCCAUUAAAGUAUAUACCAAUGCAAUACAUUUAAGUAAACCAUGUACAACUUCACAACUUCCACAAUUAUAUACUAAUCGUGCCAUUGCAUUUAUAGGAUUAAAUUGUUUUCCAGAAGCAAUUAAUGAUCUUGAUAGAGCUGUUAAUUUGGAUCAUAGUUUCACUCCUGCAUGGACUCAAUUAGGUUAUUGUCAUUUAUAUAUGGGGAGUGCAUUAAUUGCUUUAAAAUCUUAUUUAAUAGCUUUAAGAUCGGCUGUUGGAGAAAUUCUUCCUAAUGGCAAAAUGUCUCAAGAUAAGGAAUUUUUAGCCACUUAUAAAUCUGCUAAAAUGAAAACAGUUUUACCACAAUUCAUUCAAAGAUUAUGUCAAUCUAUUGGUUUAACUGAGAAGAGAGCUUAUCAACAAUCUGAACCUAUUCCAGAAAUUAAAAAGACUGUAGCAGAAGUUCGAAGAAUAUUGGCAAAUUUAAGGGCUGAAUGUUCUGAAUCUGAUCGUGAUUACUUUGUUUAUUUUCCUCAACUUCGUGAUUCUAAUUUAAGAAAUACUUCCGAAGUUUCUAAUAGAACUCGUCCUAAUAUACUUACUAGAGAAAUUGCUCAAAACAUGCUUGCAUCUGGUGGAAUGGAAACUGUUACGGUCAAUUCUAGGGGUGAUCCCUUGAGAAGACCAUUCACCACUACCACUACCACUACUACUUUCCCAAUAAAUAAUAACACUGCUGGUGUUUCUGCUACUCCAGGAGCUGCUACUACUGCUCCAGGUGCUGCUGCUACUGCUGCAUCUGCUGCUGCUUCAGGUACUGCUUCUGCUGCCAAUACUGCCAAUACCACCAAUACCACCAGUACUAAUAAUACUCGAUCCACUCCAGCUACUACAAAUAAUACUAGAACUGGAGAUAAUGUACCACCCAUUCCAAUCCCAGUCAAUGGUAUUCGGGAAAUCUUUAAUGAUUUUGGUGAUUUAUUUGAACGUCUGCGGAAUAGAACAAAUGAUCAAAGACCCAACGAAAGAAGAAAUUUAGGAGAUAUUAUUUCAGGAGCAUUUCAAGGAGGAGUUAUAGAUAUGAUAUCUGAAUUUGCUGGACCAGCAGCUGAAAGAAUCUUUGUAAAUGGUCAAGAAGUUGAUCCUACAUCACUUCGAAGAGAGAAUCGUAGUCCUGAUGAUGAUGAAAAUGAUGAUGACAUAGAUAUGCCAGAUGAUUUAGAUUAA